CCCGAGAACAUCGAAAAUAUUCCACUAUGGCGGCGGAGGGAAAUUCUGAAUCUCCGGAUAUAUUUUUGUUACCGGCUUAUACGUCUGACAACCCGUUCGACAAUGUUGGGAAAGAAAUCACGGAUGAAAAUUGGAUGGCAUGGAGCGAGACUGGGGGGUUAGUGGAAGUUCAUUAUGAUGAUGUGGAAAAUACAGCAGACGAGGUAUCAACGAACCUGGACCUGCUGGCAUCCCUGUCUGUGUCUGAAGAGGUUGUUCCUAGUACAUCACGCAUGAUGGAGGUGUCAACAGAGUCUGGCAGUAAGACUGUGGAACUCAUCAUUCCUCCUUCCACCAUUCAGGCUGAAAGUCAGCCAUCAGCAUCUCAGAAACUUCCCCCUAAUGACUUGGUUAUGUUGUAUUUAUCAGGUAAAAUUAGCUUCCUGGAAUUCAAUGAAAUGGUAAACAAUGCAAAGGAACAAGACGACGAUGAAAAGGAUGAUGACAACGAUGAUGAUGAUGAUGAAGAUGAUGAUGAUGAAGAUGAGAUUGGAAUUAAUCAAGAUGAUGACCCUGACUAUAAACCAAGUACAAGUUCUCUCCCUUCACAAUCAAAGAAGAAAAUGGAAGACAGUCAGACAUCAGAUGGCUCACUAUCUCCCGUGAAGAAAAGAAAGUAUGUCAGAAAAAAUUCAAACAAGAUGAUCCCAAAGCACUUGAAGGGCUUGAUGGGAGAAGCGAACCUGAAAUUUGCUCGAGGAGAAACUGAAGAAGCUAUCCAGAUUUGUAUGGACAUCAUUAAAGAAGCUCCUCGGGCCAUCCUUCCCUAUCAGACAUUGGCUGUGAUAUAUGAGACUACUGGUGACAUGCAGAAGGCUUUAGAGUUUCAUACUCUGGCUGCGUACCUGAACCCUAAAGAUGCUGAACAAUGGGGUCGUUUAGCUGAGAUGUUUCUGGACCAGAACCAGACUUCACAAGCUGUUAUAGCUUAUUCUCAAGCGAUACGUAGUGACCCUAAGAACCCCCACUACAUCAUGGAGAGGAUUAAGCUGUAUGAAGAGCUUGGAGAGACAAAGCGAGUUAUGGAGGGCUACAGGACAGUGCUCAGUCUGAUCCCACCAGAGGAGGGAGAGAAGUAUAUAGAACUGGCCAGGGACCUGUCCAUGCAAUACUUUAAUCUAGCUGACAGGCAGAAUGCCAUAAAGAUAAUGAAGAGUGCAUUUCAGCUUCAUCCUGACAAUGUGACAUCAGAAGAUGUGAACUUGUACCUGGAGUUACUGAUAGUAGAGAAACUGUUUAUGGAGUGUGUUGAGGUGUUGGUGAAGCACUGUGGCGUGAGCCUGAUAUUCAACAACAAGGCAGUUUGGGAGAAGAACCAUAUUGACACUGUUGACCCUGAUGCUCUAGUCAGUGGUCAGGUAGCCAUAGAAACGUGUAAGAUCCCAGAGCUGCUGCCUAUUGAUCUAGGUGUAAAGUUGUCUGUGUGUAUGAUUCACCAGCGACAGAAAGCCAUUGUGUCGCCCAUCAUCAGCCAACUGACCUCAGAGAGUAUAGAUGAUAUGGGCGACCUUUACAUCGAUAUAGCUGAAGCCUUGAUGGAGUCUCAUUACUUCAAAGAUGCUAAACCUCUGCUCGUAAAGUUGAUCAAAUCCUCACGUUACAGCACAGCUGCAGCUGUGUGGCUGAAGAUGGCUGAGUGUUUGAACAACCUUGGCGACCUGGAGGAGGCAGUACAGGCCUAUGGUAAUGUGGUCGAGAUGGCUCCACAACAUGUGGGGGCCAGGAUGGCUCUCUCAUCUCUCAAUCAACAGCUAGGGAAACAUGAGGAGGCUCUCAUGGCCCUCUCUCAGGGUGAUUUGGGGGAAGCACUGAUGUCUAAACAGGAACAGAUUCUUCUGCUACAAAAGUGCCAUCUUUUGCACUCUCAAAGUCGACAUGAUGAGUUCAUAUUUGCCUGCAAACAACUUCUCUUUCACCAGUUCAAGGACAUUACAAAAGCCUCGUUCCUAAAAGUUGUGUUUACCUAUAAAACUCCUAAACACAAGAUGGAGGAUGUGGUGAAGCAUAUGAAGGAAGGUUGUCAAGUUCAAACAGAGCGCAAUGGGAUAUACAAAACUGACUUGCCAGUUGAUGAUCUGUGGGAUUUAUUUGUCAAGUUAUGUGACCUACUGAUGGAUCUUCAGAAGUACCAUGAACUGAUGGAAGUGACCGGAAUAGCAAUGUCCUGUCCAUUCUUCAUGGCUGAUCCAAGGAAACUCAAGCAAGCAGAGUUCAUGUGUUUGGUGGCCUGUAUCAUGACAAAAAAUGGAUUGAUGGCUUUCACAUUUGUACGUGAGAUGUGCCAGAAGGAAGGGGAUAAGAAUCAAGUUUGGAAUCUACUAAACCAGCUGCUGACACUCUCUACAGAAAACAAAUACAACAAGUUCUGUCUGCGCUAUCUUCUGUCUCAUCCGGACCAUACUGCCAUCUGCUUGUUGAAUGGACAUAAUGCAACUUUAUCAGGGACAUACAAAUAUGCUUUAGGGGAGUAUGUGUCAGUUCUAAGGACUUGUCCUAAAGACCCCCUAGUCAGUCUGUGUAUUGGGCUGACUUUCAUACAUCUGGCUGCCCAGAAGUUUUCUGCUAAGAAACAUUUUCUGCUGACUCAGGGCCUGGUGUUUCUACACAACUAUGCAGAACUACGAGGAGAGUGUCAGGAAACUAACUUCAAUAUUGGGAGAGCUCUCCACCAGUUAGGUUUGACAUAUGCUGCCAUACACUACUACAGGAAAGUGCUGGAUAUGAAGCCAGUUUUAGAAGACCCAGAUGGUAUCCUGGAUCUUACCUAUGAAGCUGCCUACAAUCUGUCCCUGAUUUAUCAGACCAGUGAGUCCCAUGACCUGGCCACCCUCCUCGUCAACAAGUACCUUGUCAUAUGACAUAUGAACAGGAUACACUCGAUGCAAGCACUGAAACCUAAAACAAAAGUGAUAUACGGCCAACAGGACCAGACUGACGAGGCAAAACUAUCCAGACCUGGGCAAAGUCUUCCCAUUAAAACCUAACAGCCCUGGAGGGACUUACUACCAGCGACUGAUUACUUGGUCACGCUGAGUUUUGGUUAGAUCUGUCGGUCAUCGGCCAGCCAAGGUCGGGUGAGUUGUGAAGGUGUCUGAAGUGGAAGCCCCAAGCGUGUUCAAUUACAGACUUGUUGCCUAUAAGUGGAGAAAAGUUGGAGUGUUCUGUCACUACAAUCCCAGAAAUACAAUUUCCCGGGAGAAGUUCUUCUUAAGAAGACAGCUAGCUAUGAGUGGUAAUCCACUGGGCAUGAUUAUCAUCGUUAUGGAAGGUAAAAUGUGUGUGUUACACAGUCGUUACAUAGAAAAGGAUACACAGUGUCUGUGUGUUACAUUGUCUUCACCUUAUGUACGAUGAUCGACUUUAUACCAAUGGAGAACACAACAACAACAAAAUGUGGUUCUCUGCUGAUAGAAGCAAUGACAAAAGACCUAGUUACUUCCCCUGAGAUAGGAAUCUCCACGACGCGACCUACCAAAGAUGCAAAUGAUGCUCUGUUUUACAUCAUUACAGUACUGCUGUUUUAUGCUUGUAGCAUUGUGAUCUUGAUGGUGAAGUACAUACGACGCGAUAGACAAGAGGCAGACUUUAGCAGUUACAUGUAUUACAUGUAUCAUGACUGUGUUUUAAAAGACCAAUUUCAUCAGCCUCAGUACCAAAAUUUAGGAUACAUGUGUCAUAGUAAAAUAUCUCCAAUACUUGAAACAAAAUCAAAUGAAAAUCCUCGCGACAUUUCAGAAGUGCAACGAAAUCCUAGUGACAUUUCAGAAGUGAAACAGACAUUUCUUAAUGAAACACCUGUUUAAUAUGCUAUCUUUCCCUCAUACAUAUGGUUUAUAAUAAAUAGUCUUUAUCCAA